CCUCAAAAGAAACAAAAUAAUGAAAGCCACAAGGUGUCAAGGAAAACGCGAUUUUAAUUUAUUUUUUAAUAAAAAAAACACGGGCUUUGAUAAUUUCUGACGCCAUCAUCUAACCAAUCAACGCAAACCCAAAGCAAAAUUCCAGCCCCUCUGUUUUUUUUCUUUUUGUUCUGCUUCGUUGUGUUUGAUUCCUCUUUCUCCUUUCGCUUUCCCCAAAUCGAAUACUAUAAAAAGUAGUAAAUAUUUCAUAGAAUUUAACGUUUGAGAGUUUCAACCAUGUAUCCGCCAGGGCCAGGCAUGUACUACAAUUACCCUCCGCCAAUGCUGGUAAACUGUUCCAACUGCCGGACCCCUUUACAGCUUCCACCCGGUGCCCGAUCUAUCCGUUGCGCCAUCUGUCAAGCCGUUACCAACAUCGCCGACCCUCGAUCCGUACCUCCCUCAUCUCAACCGCCGGCUCCUUCCACCCACGCUCCUCCCCCACCUUCUUCUCCGUCCCCCUAUAACCACGCGCCUCCUGGAGCCCCUCCCCACGCAUACGGACGGAAAAGGGCGGUGAUUUGUGGGAUAUCGUAUAGAUACUCGAGGCACGAGCUCAAAGGUUGCAUCAAUGACGCCAAGUGCAUGCGUUACCUUUUAAUCAACAAGUUUAAGUUUCCUGAAGAUUCCAUUCUCAUGCUUACUGAGGAGGAAACUGAUCCGCACAGACUUCCAACGAAGCAAAAUAUGAGAAUGGCAUUAUAUUGGCUAGUACAAGGUUGUCAACCUGGUGAUUCUCUGUUGUUUCACUAUUCUGGUCAUGGUUCGCGGCAACGGAAUUACAAUGGUGAUGAAGUUGAUGGGUAUGAUGAGACUCUUUGUCCUUUGGAUUUCGAAACCCAGGGGAUGAUUGUUGAUGAUGAGAUCAAUGCAACUAUUGUUAGACCUCUACCUCGUGGGGUUAAGCUUCAUGCCAUAGUUGAUGCUUGCCAUAGUGGAACCGUAUUGGAUUUACCAUUCCUUUGUAGAAUGAACAGGGCUGGACAGUAUGUAUGGGAGGACCAUCGUCCUGCAUCAGGUUUAUGGAAGGGAACAAGUGGUGGAGAAGUAAUCUCCUUUAGUGGUUGUGAUGAUGAUCAAACCUCUGCUGAUACUUCUGCCCUAUCAAGGAUUACAUCUACUGGUGCCAUGACAUUCUGCUUCAUCCAAGCCAUUGAGCGUGGGCAUGGGACGACAUAUGGGAACAUUCUCACUGCAAUGCGCAAUGCAAUUCGAAGUGUGGGGGGUGGUGGCGGUGACCUUGUUGGUGGUGCUGUUACAUCCCUCAUCACCAUGCUUUUGACAGGAGGUAGUGUUGGACUUGGCAGCGGGCUAAGACAGGAGCCCCAACUGACAGCCUGCGAGCCAUUUGACGUGUAUACAAAACCUUUCUCACUUUGAUCUUUUUUUAUUUUUAUUUUUUAUGUAUGCUGGUUGUAGAUUGUUUUAUAUAUAUAUAUAUAUAUAUAUAUAUAUAUAUAUUUCUAAAUUAGGGGAUGGAUUUCAUUUUUGUUCCAAAAUAAUAAAUAUAUUGGCUGAACAAGAAUUUCCUCGGUUCCUUGCAUGUCACAAGCAGCUUUUAUCGUUAACAUUGAUACAUGUUUCUUUAUUUGUGAAA